AUGCCAAAACGAGUCUGUGUAAUUGGAGCCGGGGCCGCGGGUCUCGCGGCGGCUAAGCACUCGAUAGCUAAGGGAUUGGAGGUCGAAGUAUUCGAGCAGACAAAUUCGGUUGGUGGAACAUGGGUAUAUUCAGAGCAGACGGGUUGUCAUUCGAGUAUGUAUCAGGAUUUGAAAACAAACCUUCCCAAAGAAGUCAUGCAAUUCCGGGAUGUCCCAUUUCGUGCAGAUCUUCCAUCUUUCUUAACUCAUGAAGACGUUCUCGAGUACCUACAAGAGUUUUCCAGAGGGCUUCCUAUAAAUUUUAAUCAGACCGUGGAGAGCGUCGAGAGAAGUGGUGAUAAGUGGAAGGUUAUCACGCAUCACGGGACGGGUAUAAGCGAGCAAUUAUUUGAUAUCGUUUUUGUGUGCAAUGGAACCCUUAUCCACAGCCAUGACUACCGCCGCGCUAAGGACUAUUUGGACAAGGAAGUCAUUGUAAUCGGUGCGGGACCAUCUGGAAUCGACAUAGCCCUCCAACUAUCGGCCACUGCUCGAAAAAUUACACUGAUUAGUCGGAAGGCAACCUACCCGACACUUCCGGAUAACAUCACGCAAAUUAGUCAACACGUAAAAAAAGUGUUGGCAGAGGGGUGUGAAACGGAUGAUGGCACUGUGAUAAGGGCGGAUACGAUAAUUGUGUGCACCGGGUAUUUUUAUAAGUACCCAUUCCUCAACGACGACGUUCUCCGUGUCAAGGAGAACAACCAGUUGGUAUCCCCGAUAUUUGAGCAUGUGGUACAUGCGGAGUACCCGAAUAGCUUGUUUUUUAUUGGCCUAAACUUGGUCACCAUAACAUUCCCACUGUUUGAGUACCAAGUGAAGAUGGCGUUAGCGUUUGCGACGGGCGGUGCGGAAAUUCCGGAUAAAAACGUAUUGAUUGAUUAUGAAAGGAAUCAGAUAGAACACCAAAAAACGCGGGGUCUCGAGACGCGAUUCUACCAUCUCCUGCAAUCCGAGCAAUGGGAAUACCUCGCUCGAAUCGCUCGGCUCGGAAAUUUCGACGAGUGGCCGUAUAUGAAGACGAUCGAGAAUAUCACACAGUACCUUCAUGAGCAACGAAAAUCUAACGUCAUUGGGUAUAAGAAUAUUAAUUUUAAGUUAAGUGAGGAUGGUAUGGAUUAUGAGGUUGUUAGGUGUUGA